ACUCCAACUCGAAACAAAAGCGCUAGGCCAUCUCCAACUCACCACCUCGGCCACUUCCAUCGCACGCCCUGAUACCUAGCUUACUUGAGCAUCUUGCCAAAUAGCUUGGCUUCGUCACGAGAUUACUUUUAGGACCACAGCCAUAACGAAAUCUAAGAGCCCUCCGGCGCUACAACUUGGGACAGACAGCACUUUACAAGUAAUAAUAACAAAAGCACAUUUUCGCAAUGGGUCAGAGCGUGUCGUGGCUAUCUGGCCUACUCUGGGCAAAGAAGGAGAUUAGGAUAUUGAUCCUCGGUCUUGAUAAUGCCGGAAAGACGACCCUGCUGUAUAGACUGAAGAUUGGCGAAGUAGUAACCACAAUCCCCACCAUUGGUUUCAACGUCGAGUCGGUCACAUACAAGAACCUCAACUUUAAUGUAUGGGAUUUGGGUGGUCAAACGAGCAUCCGCCCAUACUGGCGAUGUUACUAUGCGAACACUGCCGCCGUAAUCUUCGUCGUCGACAGCACAGAUAUCGAGCGGUUGCAGACCGCUGCCGAUGAGCUUGGCGCCAUGUUGAACGAGGACGAACUCAAGGAUGCCGCACUGCUCGUCUUCGCCAACAAGCAAGACCAACCUGGCGCCAAGGGUGCUGGCGAGAUCUCAGAGGCUCUUAGGUUGGGCGAACUGAGGGAUCGCAACUGGAGCAUAAUGGCUUGUUCUGCAGUUGACGGCAGCGGUGUUAGCGAGGGUAUGGAUUGGUUGGUGCAAACCGUGAACCAAGAAUAAACUCUGUCACACAAAUCGAAGACACCGGAAACGGGUCCUUUGUACAACAUUGUACCACU